AUGGCUGUAACUGAAUUGCAGCUAUUCCACUCGCCAGGCUCUUGCAGUACAGCAGCCCACAUCCUACUCAAAGAGUCCGGACUUCCCUUCUCAACAGAAAACAUCAAUGUCAUGCAAGGCUUCCCAGUGGAAUUUCUGCAUCUAAACCCAAAGGGCAGGGUACCGUUCUUGCACAUGAACGGCGAGACCAUCACCGAGAUGCCCGCCAUCAUGACGGCAAUCGCGCAACUCGUCCCCGACAAGAUAUUCCUUGGAAGCACAAACCUAGAGACUGUUCGAUGCUACGAAUGA